UUUUAGUGCUUUCCUUCCCACUGCUCCUGCCUGCCUGCCUGCAUCUACUCUUUAUUUUGGCCAAGAAAAUCGUUUUUUUUUGCAAAAAGUUGACGGAAACGUUCUCACUGACAGCGACGUUGUUGUUGGAAGAAGGGGACGUGUCUUGUUUACGAGGGAGGAGACGGAAAAUGUGAAGAUAAUAACGGGCUGGAGUAUUAUUUUAAUGUGAUCUCUUUAUCUGGCGAAACCGAAUUCUCUUAAUAUACAUCGAGCGAAUUAAAUCUAAUCGUUUUAAAUUUUGGUCAGCAACCAUGGCAUCCGGCUACGAGUCUCUGACCAAUUUGGAUCUUCGCAACAAACUGUUAGAAUUUGGGUACGAUCUUCCCAUUUCGGUCAAGAAGGAUUUUAUGAUCAAGACUUUAGAACGAGUGAUGGCUGAGCGGAGGAAACAGCAGUUGCAAGGAAGAAAAUCUCUGCCAGUAAUGUCGUCAAACAGUAGACAAAGUACUCCAAGUUCGACUAAUAAUCAUCAAUUCGAAACGAAUUCAAAUGCAAGUACGCACUCACGGCAGUCACGCCAAUCCACGGGGAGUAGCAGAGCUUCUGCUUCCAAGCAGCCUAUCAUGCCUCUUCAACCUAAAAUCCCUGUGAAUGACGAAAUUGUCGAAGAAGACGAAAACGAGGAGGAGGAAGAAGAAGAGGAAGAGGAGGAAUCUUCUCAAGAAGAGCAGACGCCACCAACGUUUUCAAAAAGCAAAACAACCACAAACAGCAGUUCUAAUUUUAUGUCUCACACUUCGCAUUCUACUCGUCCACAGCCUGAUGUCGGUGGUCAGAACGGAGAAUGGGAGGAUCACGAUGAAGAAGAGGAAAAUCGGACGCCAAGCCCUCGCUAUCAAAAGUAUCUGAGCUACUUCAAGGGGGACAUGAACAAAGCUGAUCCAUUCGUUAUGCCACGAAGCCGUUACAGCUCUCCGGUUGGGUCGCCUUACUCGACAACGGCAACCGUUGGGAGUCCAUCCUUCAGACGAAACCAAAGUUAUGAUUUUGACGACUCUGCCGACGAAUCGGAUGCUGAGCAUGUUCCGGUCAACAAUCAAGGUGGUCGAAUUCGACAUUUCUUCAGCAAAGUUAAUCCCGUGAAUUGGAUACCAAAUCCGAAACUGUGGCUAUCUUCUUCUGGUGCAGCAAGACAAGAGACUGAUCAAACUUCACGUAACCACCUCAACUUUAAUUUCGGUUCUGCUGGUGGGAGUGGUGGUGGUGGGGACGGUCGAUCCUCUCCUUUCACUCUUUCUCAGACCAGAUACUCGAUGACUAGUGGUGGUAAUUCUCUGCCACCAUCUACUCCUCUCAAUGGCCAUUUCCCAACGACAUCCUCUAGCCGAGCCCAAUUGGGGAACCAGAUUUAUUCUCCUGCUCAGCCCCCACCACCCGUCGUUCCUCCAGCCAUGGCGGCAGGACGACAGGCCGGAUUCAAAGCAUUUUUCUCACGAGGAGAAAGAAAUGGGUUUGGCUAUCCCAGUGCUGCCGGGGCGUCAGCGGACAGUGCCCAUCUCGUCCCCAAACUUCUCCUCGUCUGCUUCGUAGUUGCUAUCGUGGGUGUCCUUGGAGCUUACUAUUAUAAGGCUUCCGUACAACCCGGCCUUCCCGGACCGGACAGUGAUCUUAGUACUUUCUUUGGAGGAGAGGAAAAAGUUUCUCUCGAUUCACAACAAAGGACUGCUCCACCAAAGCCAAAGCGAUUGACUGGCCCGAAAAAAUUGGUUUAUCCGAUUUGUGGGCAACCUGGAUAUGAAAUUGAGCCAUGCGUUGAGAAGGGAGUUAUCCAAGAUUCUAAAAUACUUUUCGAGGCAUUAAAAGCUGAGCUUACUCAACGCAGCGUACGAAAAAGCUGCGGUGACAUGGUUGAAGAUAAGAUCUCUCUAUUAAAAGCCAAAGAACUUUUGUAUCGACUUGUUGAACUGAAAAAAUCUGCCGUGGACACUGCAUUUGAAGGGAUGUUAAUGUUGGUCACUGAGAAUCCUACUUCUGGAGUGAAAAUUUGCGCAAAUAAUAACGCUGAUGAGAUGGUCAAGAUUGGAGACCUUGUGUCUUUGAACAAUGAAGAAGCCAGCAUCACAAUUGACGGUGUUUCGCCCACAUUUUGGUGCAUGUUGGUUAGCUUCGUCUUCUCGAUUUUGAUGUAUGCCUUCUACUUUACAAUAGUGGGCAUCAUUGGAUAUGGAACCAUACGAGGGCUCAGAUACCGUCGACGACUUCAAGCUCAUGAGGACGACGAAAUGUUCAAGUUGAUUGAUCGUAUCGUAACUCUACUCCAGGAACACUAUGAAGACGCAAAGCGCAAUGGACACGAUCAGUUCAUCGCGGUCAAUCACAUCCGUGACCAGUUAUUUUCCCACCGUGAUAAGAAACAAAAGGAAGCCUUGUGGAAUAAGGUCGUGGCAGAGAUAUCCACAAACGAGUCUCGUGUUCGUGAAGAAAUUCAACAUAUUAGCGGUGAAGAGUUUAGAGUGUGGCGUUGGUUGCCUUCUGCGAGUCCACUUGCGAAACGAAUGUCAUCUGCACCCUCAUCUCCUGGAGGAAGUGGAGAUUCAACACCUGGACUGUACCCAUCUCUUCCCUCAAUGGACACCUCGAGCGCUGGAUGUAGUAACCCUUCGACCCCAUCAAACAGCCAAUGGCAAGGACAAGCUUUUGAAAUUUUCGACGGGAGCCCAAACUCCUUGGCACAACCCCCAACCACUUGUUUGAAAAUUCGUCAAAUGUUUGAUAACUCAAAGGAUGCUGGUGACUUUCGAAUUGAACAAGCCAUUCUUGAAAAAUGUAGCAAUGCAAAUAUUCUUCACAUUGGAAUUGAUAGAAGCACACGAGAAGGUUGUGUCUACAUUCGAUGCCUCACCAAAUCGGAUGCUCGUAACGCCUAUGGAUCCCUCCACGGAUGGUGGUUUGAUGGUCACUUGCUUUCAGUAAAGUUUCUCCGAGAAGACCGAUACUUUCACCGUUUUCCAGACGCCCAAUUCCGAACUACUCCUCUUUCUACUGCCACUCUUGGAUCUGGAGGAGGAGGAGGAAUGCAACAACAGCCCCUUUCAGGUCUUACCAACAAUCUGAACAUCUACUCCUCCGGCCCACCACCUGCACAACAUCAAGGCAUUGAAGAAGGUCCUUCUGCCAGAGCCCGUUUCUCACUGGGCUACUAGACGUUGUACCGUACGUUACGUAGUUGUACGUUAAUUAUUAUAUAAUUUAGCCUUAAACAUGUAACGAAUCACACACUUUUGAGAUGAAGAGGAAGAAUUAACAAUUCUCUAUUAUUUAUUCAAAUUGAUUUCACUUAAAGUUAACAAGUUUUUGUCCAGGGAUUGAUAUCGUAUUAUUCUAAAUAUUACCAGUAUGUAAUUCAUUACUUAAUUUGUACUACUUUACUGUACACACACACCAACCACCCAACCAACCCACUAACACUGUGCGUACUUACUUUAUGUACAUGAAAAUUGGAAGUAAAAAAUAUUAAAAGUGAGAUGUACCUAUAUAUGUAUCUUCUUAUGUACAUGAGCAACUUGUGCAAAUUGUAUUUAAACUUACUUGACUUAAUAUUAAUUAAUUAAUGAGGGGAUGAUUCGCGAUAGAAUGGAAGCGACUCAACUCUUACCUUAAUCAAUUAUUAAUUAAUAUAAUAUAAAAAUAAUAUAACAUGAUAAUAAUACUUUUUUUGUGAAAUGAACUGAUGAAAUGAAAUGAUGAGAUACUGAAAACUAAUUAUUUCAAUUCUUUAAUUGUAAAACUCUCGUGGUUUGAAAUAAAUGAACAAGACUAUUAAAGCCAAAAUCAA